CUGCUCUUCACCCCCCAAAACUCCUUAAAUUCAUCAACUGUGUUAAAGUUGAGACACAAGUCGUCCCGCACUACGAGUAAGAGGAUAUGUCUUCUUCUAAAUAUUGACUCAGUCAGAGGGAUGGUUCAGAUAUCGUUAGGUUGCUAGACAACUUGUGCAGCCGGCGGAGCUACUUUGUUUAAAUAGCUGCUGGGUAAACAUUUCAUCAAGCGGAUGAACACAUGAUUCAUUCACAGUGAGUGAUAUUUGACCACUUGACGGACUACUUGUUGGAGGCUGCUCCUCUGCUGCUGAGGACAAACUGUUUAUUUUGGCUUCGGGGGGGGUAGCAGACAUGUAUGAGGGUGUGUGCGUGUUUGUGCGUAAAAAAACUGCGCUUCAUCUGAGCCACUAUCUGACAGUCUGCGGGAUUGCCCUGACUUUCUUUUUCAGCGGAAUCUAAUUAUAAAUCGGUGACAAAUACUCCAAAUACAGAAGCAACCCAACUGUGAUGUGGGGGUGGUGCUGAGAGAACAGCCCCCCCCCCCCCCACCCCUCUGUUGGAUCCGGAGCCCGCCAGGAGAAGGACGCGCACAGGUGCCUGCACUUUUACGGUACAUGUCUUUUUCUUUUCUUUCCUCCCACCAUGAAGAGACAAAACGCCCGGACUCUCGCUCUCAUCAUCAGCAUCCUCACCUACCUGGUGGUGGGAGCGGCCGUGUUCGAGACCCUGGAGUCCAAGCAGGAGAAGAGCCACAAGAGGAAGCUGGACGCCAGAAAGUACGAGCUCAUGCGCAAAUACAACUUGACUAAAGCGAACUUCGAGGAGCUGGAGCAAGUCGUCCUGCACCUCAAGCCGCACAAAGCAGGGGUCCAGUGGAAGUUCGCGGGCUCUUUUUACUUCGCCAUCACUGUGAUAACGACGAUAGGUUACGGCCACGCGGCGCCCAGCACCGACUCGGGGAAAGUGUUCUGCAUGUUCUACGCCCUCCUGGGGAUCCCGCUCACCCUCGUCAUGUUCCAGAGUCUGGGCGAGCGCAUCAACACCUUGGUCCGGUACCUGCUGCACCAAGCCAAGAAGUGCCUGGGGAUGCGUCAGACCGAGGUCAGCAUGGCCAACAUGGUGACGGUGGGCUUCUUCUCCUGCAUGAGCACCCUCUGCGUGGGCGCCAUGGCGUUCUCUCAGUGCGAGGGGUGGAGCUUCCUGCACGCUUUCUACUACUGCUUCAUCACGCUCACCACCAUCGGGUUCGGGGACUACGUGGCCCUGCAGCGGGACGACGCGCUGCAGAACGACCCCCGCUACGUGGCGUUCUGCUUCGUCUACAUCCUCAUGGGUCUGACGGUGAUCGGCGCGUUCCUCAACUUGGUCGUGCUUCGCUUCCUCACCAUGAACACGGAGGACGAGCGGCGGGACGCCAAACAGCGGGCUCUGAUGUCGGUGAAGCCCAGAGGAGAGGUGGCUCACUUGUUACCGGCGUCCGCCUCGACCGCCUCGCCGUCCCCGCCCGGAGCAGAAGACGCGACCAAGGCGAAGGAUUUCAAAGGCGCCUACACAGAGGUGCUGCAUUUCCAGACGAUCUGCUCGUGCUUGUGGUACAGGAGCAAAGAGAAGCUGCAGGGCUCCGCCGUCAUCCCUCACGAGCUGACGUUUUCCGACGCCUACCUGCAGCAGAACAGCGGCGGCCCGCACUACAUCGAGCCCGGGUCCACCGGCUGCGUUUGCAGUCCGCGUCAGUGCUCCAGCAUCAGCUCCAUAACGUCCGGCCUUCACUUCCUCUCUCCCUUCAGGAUGUUUAAGAGACGCAGCUCCGUCUAGCAGAUUCCACUUUAUAUGCCGAGUGGACGGCAGGAACAUGGCGGCUGCAGAGUCGAUGUUUGUGGUGCUAAAACUCCAGUAAAGAAACAGCAGGACACACAAAGGGGAAGAGCACACACACCGUACUGUAAACAACAAACGUCUUACACAAAUAUCUCAGAGAGCACAGCAAGCAAUCUUUUGACUCGAGGUGUGUUUUGUGUGCUUAGACAAAUCAUCGCUGCAGGUCCAAUGAAGCGAGCAAAAAAAAAGCGACAUGAAAUACGAGAAGAAAAGCUCUGCAGUAAGUUUCUGUUUUGUAGCUGAUGUAACACACGUAAAACAUGUAGUUUUAUGUUCCUGUGUCGGCCGUUUGUCUUCAUGAUUAUUAUUUUUUUAAAGUCGGUUCCCAUUCUCUGACAACAAUGCAGCAGCCAGUAUGUCCUCCUUCUAACUUUAGAUUCUGCUCCUGAAUGCUCUGGAUUUGUUUGGACCAGAGAAGGUAGGCGCUUUUAAGACACGCCCCCACACGGCCGUUUUGGACGCCCCUCGGUUUGCCAGAUAUGAGAGCAGUUAUCAGGUCAACAGGUGUUGCAGCGAUGGAAGCGGGCAAGAGAAGUGGUUCAGAUAGAAGUGAUUGUACCCGACCUAAAAAGCCUCUGCAUGUUUCUAAUAAGCUCCACGAGCAGAAACGUGCUCAAACUAGGAUCAAUAUUGGAGAUGCUUUUGAAAAAUGGAGAGAGGUUAGAACACAGAAAGGUUUACAGACCCAUGCAGAGCUGGAUAAACACUGAAGCUUCAGAGUCCACCACAUGGUGACCUGUGUGAGCAUGGACUCUACAGAGGAGGGGGGGGAGACAGCUCUCUAUGAUGUUUAGAAUUUAGACUGCAGUACACAUUUUAAACACU